AGUAUGUAUCUCUGUGACUCCACAGGGAGGUUAAAGGUCAAGUUCAACAACUGAACAGCAUACCUGAUUCUGAUUAGGAUUCAGUGUUUGGCUCAGUAUUUGAGGACACUUGCCAACACAGAAAUUAACUCUUAUUCCCUCCAGUCUCCACUGUCAUAAUCAGAUUUAGUGUCUUUGUCAAAUGAUCCUGAUUUACUUACUUAACUUUGUAGGGAUUCUCUUGCAAAACACUAUGAAAGCGAUUAAGCUCUCACCGUGAAUGAAAUUCCCUCCAGUCACAUGCUACAGUGCACCAGUUAUGAAAGAAGGACUCCUAUGCUCCUUGAGAAACAGUGGGCCUCUUGUUGCUUUGUCUCCACCGCUUUGCAAACGUCUUUAUAAGCUCGCGCUGAAUUACGCUAAUCUUUAAAGAACCACAUCACUGCCUGGAGUACCUCAAGUCUGAAGGGAAAAGACACACUUUUUCCAGUGUUUUAAUACAUUUUUCCUUUGUCAGAUCUUCAUUAGCUCACAUUAGGAUGUCUUUGACUCUCAGGAGAGUAUUUCACAUCUCAGCCUUCAGCUGGUACGCUUUUAUUGUGAAAAGUCUCGCUGCUAAGGAUGGAGAGGAGCUACCACAAGGGAUCUUUGUUUAUGGAGGACCUUGGAAGUACCUUACUUUUUUGAAUUUGUUAUUGCAAAUGUUAUUUUUUGGAGUGGCAGCGGUGAAUGAUCUGCAAUCUGGGAAAAAGUCAGAGAGUGCUCUGAACAGAUGUAAAGACCUCAUCUUCUCUGUCUUUGCCUUCCCUGUGGGCAUGUUUGUCGUCCUUCUUUUCUGGACAAUCUUCGCCUACGACAGAGAGUUGGUCUACCCAGCGUCCAUCGACACCUUCUUCCCGCCCUGGAUGAACCACGCUAUGCACACAUUCGUCCUGCCUGUUUUACUCGUAGAGGUGCUGGUGCAGCCUCACAUCUACCCACAGACCAAACAUGCACUGGCAGGAUUAGGAGCUGUGGGCCUGGCUUACUUAUCUUGGAUUAUAUGGGUGUACUUGUCAGUUGGGAUUUGGGUGUAUCCGCUCCUCGGCCACUUCAGCUCUGCUGGUCUACUGGGCUUCUUCUUGUUUAACAUGUCUGUGGUGACCUUGCUCUACCUGCUGGGGGACAAGCUCAACAGCCACGUGUGGAGAAAAGAGAUGUUAACAAAGUCAAACAGCUGAAUUCACAUUAGCUCGUCUCUAAUCGUCUACCUCUUUUUUUCUUCUGCUGUCUCCUUUGUUCUGGGUUAGGACAUGACUCAAACACAGUAAUAAUCCCUUAUAAAGAGACUAUUACCCUGAGUGGUUUUACCUGCUAUGGCCUUUGUUGUUCUGGUGUGACCAAUAGAUUAUUGUGGCUAAUUUUAGCAAAUCUUAGGUAAAUAGUGCUGAGUAACACUUGUCAAGUGUCUGACAACAUUAUGAAUAGGAUUCCUACAGAGAUGGACCUUUUCUAUUAAAGAGUAAGAUUCUUUUUGCUUAACCAGAAAGAGCUGUUUUAUCACUACCAGACUCCAUUGAAAAAAACAGCAAUUUUACUGAGCAGGAAACACAUGUUUCUGGAAUACCGCUGCCUUGAUCUGUUAGUUUGUUUGUGUUCUUUUAUUAUGCUUUUACUUAUAUAAAUGAUCUGAAUACUUCUUUCACCACUGAGAGUCACACAAUAACACAAAAAACUAACAGAUGGAGGCAGUGUGCUGCUUGGUAAAAUUGUUGUUUUUGUCAAUGAAGUCUGGUAGCAAUAUGUAGCUACAUUUUUGGUUAUAGAAAAAUGAUUUUACUCUUACAUAAAAGGCCUAUCACUAAAGGGAUUAGUUCUACUUUCUGUUGUGUAACUGAGUGCAGCAGCUCUGGUGUAAAUAUAACAGUUUAAUGAGUGUUUAACAUUGCAAAGCACCCGAUUAAUGUAAUUUAAACAUUAAAGCAGGUCCAAUAAAACAAGUGCCACUGACAACA